AUGGAACUUCACGCAUAUCUUGGGAAAGAGUGUCGAAACUUGAUAGCUCAUUACGGUCUCAACAAGCGCACCAGUUUACCAACGGUGGAUGAGAUUUCGGAGGAAUCAGACGAAUACAUUUCGUUACUCGCGCAUUCGCUUCAUCAUAUCGCAUACCACCCACUGCUGGUCAUCAUCAGGAAUUUCGAUAGACCAGCAUUCAAUCAUCCCGACGGUCGCGCCAUUCUGAACCCCAUCUUAAAUCGAUUGGAAGAGGAAGUCAAGGCUCACGUUAUAGGUUCCUUGCUCCUUCUCUCCAGUUUGGAUGAUGGCACGGUGCACACAUGUAUGGGCCGACAUGCAUUAACCCCCAUCAACGAGGAACCAUGCAGCCGCCAACCUCUCGAUCUCCCUCGCACUCUUGACCUGACUCAUCAUCCCGCGUUCCAAACAGCCAUGGGCAUAACGCGAGCGGAGGUCAACGCUCUCGACGACGCGUUGGGCCACAUCAAGCCUCACGAUCCAAUGCGUGUCCUCGAUAUGAUGGACAAACGGCAUGGCCGUCCUUCUGUGUUCGCUGAUCCGCUACCCAGGCCGCAUCAAUGCCCUCCGGACCCGCUCAUAGAUGGAAAUUGGCUUGGGAGGGAGGUCGAUCCUUUAGCAGCUCUGGAUCGCUCUGGCGAGCACGAGUGUCUAUGCGGCGCAGUUUAUGAUGGAAGUGUUUGCGUUCAAGUACGGCUUUGA